AUGGAAGUGCGAUCGAUUAGAGGUUCAAUCAAUGGUAACGUCGGCAAGAGCGCCAAUAAACGUUUGAAGGAGGCGGACGUGGAUGCUGAUGUUGCUGCACCAGGGGUACCGAAGAAGAGAACGUUCAAGAAGUUCAGUUUCAGAGGUGUCGAUCUCGAUGCUCUCUUGGAUAUGUCCCCUGAUGAACUCGUCAAGCUCUUUUCUGCUCGUGCUCGUCGAAGGUUUCAGAGGGGUUUGAAGAGGAAGCCAAUGGCUCUGAUCAAGAAAUUACGCAAGGCUAUGAGUAUUCUUCUAUUUUCCUUCUUUUUUAACUAUGAGGAAUUAACUGAUACUUUAGAGUUUGUUUAAUUUCUGGA